UUAGUGGAUUGAGAGCUGGAAGGAAGCUCCCUUUGGCACCGUGAACAGGUGUUCAUCUGAAAUCACAAAACUUGGCCACCACACGGUUCUUGCGCUCAGUCUUAGUGAUAGUCGGGGUGCAGUCAGGACGCACGGUAACGAACCGAACAGGAACCACUGCGAUAAACACAUGAAUUCUGUAGGACGGACCUGACAUAAUGGGGAAAUAUAAGAUAUCAUUUAAACAGAUGUUCUGUGUCCUCUCCAUCGUCUGUGGUUCGGAUAUCUGCUCGGGGUAUGUUUAUGACCGCCCUGAAAGGUCUGUAGAGGAGGCUGCUUCUUCAAGGACAGACACUCCUUCAGACUCCCCGUGGAUCGGCACGUCAGGAUCCUGCCAGAACAGAUGCUUUGAAUUGGACGAGGCUGAACCUCCCAACUGCCGCUGUGACAACUUAUGUAAAACCUAUAACAGCUGCUGCCAGGAUUUUGAUGAGCACUGCUUGAGAACAGAGGGAGGUUUUGAGUGCAGUAAGGAGCGCUGUGGAGAGACCAGGAAGGACCAGCAUGCCUGUCACUGUUCUGAGGACUGUCUGGCCAAAGGAGACUGCUGUACCAACUACAAAACACUCUGUAAAGGGGACACUACUUGGUUGCAGGAUGACUGUGAAGACAUUAGAACCCAUGAAUGUCCGGCUGGGUUUGUCCGUCCCCCUCUCAUUAUGGUGUCAGUGGAUGGGUUCAGAGCCUCCUACAUGAAGAGAGGAAGCACAGUGAUCCCCAACAUCGAGAAACUCAGAGCCUGUGGUACCCAUGCUCCUUACAUGAGACCCGUGUACCCCACGAAAACGUUCCCCAAUCUCUAUACUCUUGCAACGGGCCUGUACCCUGAGUCCCAUGGCAUCGUUGGCAACUCCAUGCAUGACCCUGUGUUUGAUGCCAACUUUAACCUGCGGGGUCGAGAGAAGCUGAAUCAUCGUUGGUGGGGAGGUCAGCCGAUCUGGAUUACAGCAGUGAAGCAGGGGGUGAAAGCUGGCACUUUCUUCUGGCCUGUGUCCAUCCCGUUGGAGAGGAGAGUCCUGACCAUGCUACAAUGGCUUCAUCUGGCAGACGGAGAGAGGCCUUAUGUUUACGCCAUGCACUCCGAGCAGCCGGACACGUUUGGCCACAAGCUGGGGCCCAUGAGCACUGAGCUGAACAACCCUCUGAAGGAGAUUGAUAAGAUAAUUGGUCAGCUGAUGGACGGCCUGAAACAGAUGAAACUCCACCGAUGUGUCAACAUCAUCAUGGUGGGAGAUCACGGUAUGGAGGAGGCUCACUGUGACAGGACAGAGUUCCUCAGCUCAUACAUGCCGUCCACUGUUGAUGACAUCAUCCUGAUCCCCGGCUCCCUGGGCAGGAUCCGCUCCAGGUACCCCAACAACCCCAAAUAUGAUGCCAAAUCUGUUAUUGCAAAUCUUACAUGUAAAAAGACAGAGCAGCACUUCAAGCCCUAUCUGAAGCAGCAUCUCCCAAGCGCCUUCACUACGCCAAAACAACAGAGAAUAGAGGGCAUCCACCUGUUAGUGGAGAGGAAGUGGCAUAUCGCAAGGAAGUCUCCAGAAGGAGGAAAGAGGCACCCUGGGAAAUGUGGUUUUGCAGGAGAUCACGGUUAUGACAACAAGAUAAACAGCAUGCAGACUAUUUUCUGUGGAUAUGGACCUAUGUUUAAAUUCAAGACCAAAGUGCCAGUUUUUGAAAACAUUGAACUUUACAAUGUCAUGUGUGACCUGCUUGGCCUGAACCCUGCCCCUAACAACGGGACUCAUGGCAGUCUGAACCACCUGUUGAAGAGCCCGGUCCACAAGCCCACCGUGCCAGAGGAGGUGUCUAAACCCACCAUCUCAGGUCCCAUCAUUACUCUGACCGAUGACUUAGGCUGCAGCUGUGAUGACAAGUUGCGUUCAAAAAAUAGAGGGCAGAGAGCAUUGAAAGUCCCCGUUGUAAGAGGCUAUAACCUGGAGUCACUGUGGCUCUGUCUCUUACAGAACAAAGUGGAAGAGCUUAAUCAGAGACUGAGGCAAGCUGUCGAUGACAGCAAGAACCUCCCUCAUGGUCGGCCUGCAGUUCUGUUCCGUACUAAAUACAGCAUUCUACACCACAGUGACUAUAUCAGUGGGUACAGUGAAUCACUGUCUAUGCCCCUGUGGACGUCCUACACAGUCUCCAAACAGGUAGAAGUAACCCCUCUACCAGAGCAUCUGACUAACUGUGUCAGACCUGACAUCCGUAUCCCUCCGGGCUUCAGCCAAUCCUGCUCCAACUACAAGGCGGACAAACAGAUCUCCUUCGCCUUCCUCUACCCUCCACAGCUGGCUCCGACCCAAGACGGCAAAUUUGAUGCAGUCCUCAUCACUAACACCGUACCCAUGUACCCAGCAUUCAAAAGAAUAUGGAGCUACUUCCAGAAGACUCUUGUGAAGAAGUAUGCCAUGGAGAGAAAUGGGCUCAACUUGAUCUGUGGGCCCAUAUUUGACUACGACUACGAUGGCCUGAGAGACUCGGCAGAGAAAAUUAAACAGUAUGGAAGUGGUUCAGGGCCCAUUCCAACCCACUACUACUGUGUGAUAACCAGUUGUCUGGACUUCACCCAGGCUGAGGACAUCUGUACUGGACCUCUUAGCAGCUCUGCCUUCAUCCUACCACACCGCUCAGACAACGACGAGAGCUGCAGUAGCUCUGAGGAUGAGUCUAAGUGGGUGGAGGAUCUGAUGAAGUUGCACACGGCCCGGGUCCGAGACGUGGAGAUCCUCACGGGCCUGGACUUCUACCGUCGGACUAGCCGGAGUUACCCUGAAAUCCUCUCACUGAAGACUCACAUGCACACGUAUGAGAGCGAGAUCUAAACCACUGUCUACCUACCCUCUCCUGUCUACCUACCCUCUCCUGUCUACCUACCUGUCUACCUACCCUCUCCUGUCUACCUACCUGUCUACCUACCCUCUCCUGUCUA